AUGGCGGUUCGAGACGACACAAAUAAGGGCAGCCCUGCACCUACUUCGCCAGUCUCCGCGGCGGCAAUCACCGAUUUUCUUCCCAUCCCCCAUGACACGCAGCCGGUGACGGAUCCUGAUCGGGAAGAGAAGAGUAACUCGCUCGCCGAAGGGGCUACCCUGUCCCACACGCUUGCAAUGGAAGAUCAUGAAGAGAAGGGUGUCGCACAGCAGGAUCAUGCGGAAGAAGAUGUUGCCGACCUUGGGUGGCAUAAGAAAAAGGAUGGCUUCACGCAACAGUUAGUUGGUGGUCUCGACAAUGAGGAGCUAUGGCUCCUGAUUAGAAGAUUCAACAAGCAAAUGUACCAUGUCAAGGAAGUUCCAAACGCGGUACCUGGAAACUUGGACCUUAACAUUGCCGACGAAGAAGAGUUCUCACCGGACAAGUUGAGAGCUAACGUUGAAAGACUGUACAUGACAGUCAUCAUCGGUCUCAUUGGCGCCGUGAAACAUGUAGCUCGUCUUCGAUCUUGGCGCGAGGCACGAAGAACAGGUGCUUUCUGCUUUGCAUACUCUGUCGCUUGGGCGUUUGAUUUUAUUGUUCCCCUGCUAUGUAUCACAACGAUUACCUUGGUUGUCUAUCCACCAUCCCGAGGCGUACUUUUCCCGCCCGCACCAAUUGCGUUGGUUGACAAUAAGUCGGGUGGAGUUCAGAAACCCAAAGCAGGCGUGCUUGGAAGUCACGACUCUGCAACUGGGGCACCGGAGAAUCACAAGGGAGAAGCCGUUGAGCAAGAAGCUAGCAACUUCUUCAACGGCAUCACGUCAGUCGUACUCGCGAGUGCGACUGGCAAGCACCCACAAGGCGACCCCGAGACUGAUGGAAAAGACCCUGGAGACAGCAUUCCAGACCCCACGGGAAUUGCUGCUGGCGCCGCAGACGCGAAGGAAAUAGCGGCUGGAGGAGCUCCGAGCCCCAAACACGAUAAAACAAAAGUACCGGUAGAGAGUGCCAUGUGGACCAAGAUGCGACCUAUCAUGCAUGGCGUUGCUGAUAUUUCUGACACGUGGGAGCGUUUUGCAAAUGCGCUGUCUCCUACUGCCCCUUUUCCUAAGGAUAUUUAUCGCUUGAGACUGUCAAGUCUUAUUGUACCGCUAUUUGUACUGUCAUUCUUUCUUACCUCGUACAUGUUCGUGAAAGGCGUCACAUUUGGUAUCGGGUUCGGUUUCUUUGGUGACCCUGUCAUAUCUCGUGGCCUGGCACUUCUGAAUCGCAGGUUCCCGCAUUGGCAAAAGAUCCUGGAGCUUCGCAAUACGGUUCUUAAGGGCGUGCCAACCAACGCUCAACUGACUCUCACCCUUCUACGCAUCGGUGAAGCGAACAAGGCUCCUCUUCCACCAGCUCCUCGAGCUGGCGAGGAACCGCCAGAGCGCUCCGCCGAAAUUACGGAUGCCGAACUACGUGCGACUGGCGCAGAGCCUCCCUUGAACGCCACCGACGAGGAGCUUGAUGCAGCUAUGCAACAUGACCCUGAGGUGCCGCAUGAAACAGGCGGCGACGACAUCAAUGAAGCCAAGGCGUCAAAGCAUGGUAGAAAGGGAAGUAAGAUCCUGGGCUUCUUCAAGGGUACGACCAAAGGCGCGGUGAAAACAGCAAUUGGUGCAGACAAGGUCCGGGCUAAAGUGGGCUCCCAUCAUGCUAGAAACAGGCUCGGUGCGGUUCCGCGCCCCAACCUCAAUCUUCUCUCUGGUCCAGUCGAUUUCAAGGCCAGAUACAAAGGCGAAAAGGGCCACGUCUACAUUACCACCAAAGCCACCAUACCUGCGAUUGCUUUCAGUACCGAUGUCACCAUUGAGAAGAUUGGAUCCCAGGAUAGGGAAGAUCUCCAUCCGGUAUGGAGCAUCCCUGUCGGUGAUAUCAAGGAGGUGAAAAAGACCGGCGGCUACGGGUGGAAGGCGAAGAUAGUUGUGGGAUGGUCACUGGGCCGUGAAGUCGCUGAUGGACUCGAGAUUACGGACAGGACUGGGGCAAUCUGGAAAGUCACAGCUCUCCCCUUGAGAGAUGAGCUGUUUAACCGGUUGAUUGCUCUGGGAGGCCAAAAAUGGGAGGCUUGGUGA